AUGUCUUUAUCCCCUGAGAUACAAGCUCUUCUUGCUGCGCCUGCUCUGGUACCGCCGACUGGCAUCACAGCCGACUUUGACAAUCCCCCAAAUAAGAACUGCCUUGCCUGGAUUGUCACGACGCUUUGCAUGGCUUUCGCGACUUUCUCGGGAGCUUACUGGUGUACUGCUUACGCUGGUUACAAGAUGAUCUUCUAUCCUGGCUACUACGUCCAUCAGUGGAACCUUUGCAAUGGCGACCUUGUAGAGCCGUUCUACCUCAUUCUUAUGUAUGGUUGCGCAUACUCUGCGACAUUGGCCCUCGUGAAGACUGCCAUCUUGAUUGAUUGGUGCAGAUUCUUUGUCAUCGGAGACUCUCGCACAGGAUACUUUUGGCGUAUCAGCGCGUUCCUUAAGAUUGGUGUCUCUGUGGUCUUUGGCGUGGGUCUCUUGGCCUGUAUCGCUGCGAGUAUUCGCUUAUCGACAACCAUCACCUUUUCGCAUGAAGCCGACAGAAUGUACUUUAUCGGACCGCUCCUAUUCUGGGCUUGCGCUGAGAUGACGUGUGGUUUCUUCAUUCUCAGCGUUCCCUGUAUGCCUAGUAUGGUCAAGCAUAGCGGUCUUCCUGGCCUCAUCGACAGUUUUCGCAGUCAAGGCUCGAAGUUCUACAGUAGCAGUUCAAGCAACCUUCGCAACGCCGUCUCCCAUACCUCUGAUCUACCCUCAAGAAAAACAUCCAGGGGCCUACCCAGAUCCGCAGAUUACUACCACAACAUCGACGAGGAACAUGGUACCAUGUCACUACAAGCUCUCGGAAGAUCCAAAUCGCAGACAAACUUGCGGCAUGGAGUCCUCCAACGCUCCUAUCGGCCCCAAGCUCCCGCCGCCCCCGGAUCUUGUGUCGAAGCAGUCAAGGCAUGCUUCGUAUCGACAACUGAGCCUGCCAAUGGAAAGUCACCCCAGUCGACUGCCCCUGACCAGACCAAAGCUGCCUCCAGCGAUUCCUCUGCGUCCGAUUCCGCCAAGGCCAUCAUCCUGGACCUGAUCAAGGCUACAGAGGCAAAGUGCUCAGCUCGCGAUGGCCUCAUUUUACGUCUUUCGAGGGCACAGAUCGAAUUGUGCGAAACUCAAAUCCAGCAACGCGGCGUUGACAUCGAUCGUGCUUCGAAGAUAAUCGUCCAGCUCCACUUGGACAUGGAUCGCUGGACUAGGGAGAAGGUGAACGCCAUGGCUGCCAAGUCAAGAGCAGAGAAUCUUCUUCUCCUGUUGCAGCAGAAAAACAAGAGGCAUGAUGAGAAGCUUUCGGACGAAGUGGUAGAGAAGCAGUCGGCUAUGAAGCCAGAGGAGAUCGAUUGAGACUUGGUUAUGACCUUGUGAGAUUAGUGAUUGGAACACUACCGUACAACAGUAGUUGAACACAAAAGCCAACGAACCAAC